CCUUAAGUCUUCCGAGGCUCUUACCUUCAAACCAAGCAUUUGUCGUUCCAUUACCUUGUCUGCAUUGCACCCGGUAGCAGACAGAUUCAGUCAACCGGGAAUUCGUUACCAAGUCGUCAAAUUUCCAAGAGUGGCAACUGCAUACACGUCAAAAUAGACUAAAUGGCAUCCCAUCCUCAAAAACAUCCACUGGAUCCCCUUUCCGCCGCCGAAAUCCUCCAAGUUUCCUCUCUCCUUAAAGAAGCAUCACCGGACAAAAGUCUACACUUUAAACUCAUUUCCCUGCUCGAACCGCCGAAAGUCCUACUUAGAGAAUUCUUGAAGGCUGAGCGCAAUGCCUCUGGGGUUUCCGGCAUGUCUGGACCUUCUCUGACGAGACGAGCCGAGAGCUUGUACUACCAUCGCGGAACUUCAGAUCUUAUUCAUGUCACUGUGAACCUGGACUCAGGUAAAUUGGAGGAGGUGAAGAAAGUGGAGGGUCACUUUCAUGCACAGGCGGAUAUUGAUGAGAUUUUGGAGAUGAGGGAGGUUUGUCUGAGGGACGAGAAGGUGAAGGAGCAAGUGAGAGCGUUUAGAUUGCCUGAGGGAAUGAAGGUUGUUUGUGAUACUUGGUAUGUUUAUGUUUUAUUCUUUAUCUUCCAAUUUCUUCCCUGUGAGCCAUGCUCUGUAGGUGUUUGAGCUUGUAUCUUGGAAGACAGUUGAUGCGAAGUAGUUGAGGUUGUGUCCACAAUGGUAUCAACGAGAUUUGGAAGCUUGGUUCUCAUUCUUCCGCGUCAUUUUGUGAGUUCUAGGAGCUACAACCCCGUUUGGGGUAGGUUUCGUUUACGCACUAUACUUGUUGGAAUAGUGAUCCUGGGAGAAGUUAUACUGCUUUUGAUGCUCCUGAUAUACUGGGGUAAUGAGGACGAUUGCUUUACACCAGGUGGCUCUUGAAGCAAGUAUGGACAUUACCAUACAUGAUAGCCGACUAAAUUUUGAGUUCGGCGCUGGUAUUCUUGCUUGCCUAUGUCCGCUUUUUCUGUCCUCUCUUAAUAUGUCCUGAAAAAUCUGUUGCCGUAUUGCUUCCAUCGAGUUUCUACGUCCAAUUUGAAAGGACGUAUCUAAUUCUCCUUAUUACAGGCCAUAUGGGCGAGACAAUAACACUCAAACCCCGCGCUUUGUGCAGGUAAACAUGCUUCUUGAUUGGAGUCAAAAUUUGCUAACGUAUGGCAGUGUUACCUCUUCGCUGAAAGAAACCAUCCAGGCUCAAACCACUACGAUAAUCCCCUUCCGUUCUCUCCAAUAGUAGAUAUGGUGAAGAAAGAGGUCAUCGAUAUAGUACGGUUGCCCACAGGCUCCGACUCAUCAUUGAAACCUAACGCAGUCUACGAGCCCCACCCAGCGAAGGAAUACCAUCACGAACUCCAAGCCCAACCAGCGCGUACUGAUCUCAAGCCCCUAGUCAUAUAUCAGCCGCAGGGUGUGUCUUUCAGUAUUGACGGCUAUUUGAUCAAGUGGCAGAAAUGGAGAUUUCGGCUGGGUUUCAACUGGAGAGAGGGUAUGGUUCUGCAUGACGUGACUUACGAUGGGCGUGAGUUAUUCCAUCGUCUGAGUCUGAGUGAGAUGUUUGUACCCUACGGAGAUCCUAGGAUGCCAUAUUCUCGAAAGAGCGUAUUUGAUGUUGGAGAUAUUGGCGCUGGUGUAGCGGCUAAUAACUUGGCUCUCGGUUGCGAUUGUCUUGGUGUCAUCAAGGUAGUCAUAACCCAUCCUUGUAUGGCCGUAUAGCUGAUUAAUCGUCAAGUACUUUUCUUUCGUCAUUACAAACUCACAAGGAAACCCUGUAGAGAAGCCAAAUGCAAUUUGCAUGCACGAGAUCGAUGAUGGUAUCGGAUGGAAGCAUACCAAUUCUAGGACGGGCGGAGUCUCGAUUGUCCGCUCUCGGGUCCUGGUUCUGCAAACCAUCAUUACGGUCGGGAAUUACGAGUACGUUUUUAUGUGGCACUUGGAUCAAGCUGCUGGAUUACAUUACAAGAUCCAAGCGACCGGCAUCCUGUCGACGGCUCCCAUUGACCGAGGAGUUACAGUUCCAUUUGGAACAAGAGUAAACGACGACGUCUUGGCUCCAUUUCAUCAACAUGUAUUCAGCCUUCGAAUAGAUCCUUGCAUUGACGGGGACAAUAAUACAUUUCUGGAAGAGGACUCUGUUCCCAUGCCUUGGAAUGACCAAAAUCCGUACGGUGUGGGUUACGUGACCGAGAAUCGGAUCAUCUCCACUUCCAGUCCGUCCGAUUCAGCUCCUAAUCGAGUUCAUAAAAUCAUCAAUCCAACCAGUAUUAACAAAUCGUCCGGUGCACCCGUGUCCUAUGCCAUCCACAGUCCAGGGAAACAAAUGCUACUGGCCCAUCCCGAUUCAUGGCACGGUCGACGUGCAAAAUACGCAUUCCAUCCCUUCUGGGUAACCACACAUCGAGACAACGAACUCUAUGCUGCUGGAGACUACACGUACCAAUCCCAUCCCGAUCUUACUAGUGAUCUGGGUUCUUGGGCAGCACGGAGAGAUAGAACCGAGAAUACGGAUAUUGUCGUCUGGCAUUCUAUUAGCUUGACGCAUAAUCCGAGGACGGAAGAUUAUCCUGUCAUGCCAUGUGAUACUAUGACGGUGAGCUUGAAGCCUAGUGGUUUCUUUGACCAGAACCCGGCUCUUGAUGUUCCACAGAGUAUGCAGAAGGAUAACGGAAGUUGUUUGGUGAAAAACGAGGAUUUAGCGGUGGCGGUGGAAGGGAAGGCCCGGGAGUUCAAGUUGUAGAAAUAAUCUCGCAGAAGAGAAAAAAAGUAGGAGUAGACAUUUCUCUUAUUAUUCUUUGUUUCUAGGUUUCUUAUACUGUAGGUGUCAACCCCGAAUAUUCUAGGAGAACUACUCGAAUUGUCCCAAGA